GCAACAGGUGAGGCGGGCAGCGGCCGGGACAGGGCUCCUUCUGCGGCCCUCGGAGCUGGGGUCCUUCUCAUUGCCGCACCUCGGCCCGCCCGGCAGCCGCGAUGCCUUUCCCCAGCUCCAGCGCGGACGAUGCCUUCGACUACCUCUUCAAGAUCAUCCUGAUCGGGGACUCUAACGUGGGGAAGACGUGCGUGGUGCACCGCUUCAAGACGGGGCAGUUCAACGAGAAGCAGCAGAACACCAUCGGCGUGGACUUCACCGUGCGCUCCAUGGACAUCGACGGCAAGAAAGUGAAGAUCCAAGUGUGGGACACAGCUGGUCAAGAACGCUUCCGGACAAUAACCCAGUCUUAUUACAGGAGUGCCCAUGGGGCCAUCCUUGCCUAUGACCUUACUAGGAGGUCCACAUUUGAAUCCAUUCCUCACUGGAUUCAUGAAAUUGAAAAAUAUGGUGCUGCAAACUUGGUCAUGAUGUUAAUUGGGAACAAAUCGGAUUCACUGGAUAAGCGCCAAGUCCUGUUUGAAGAUGCCUGCACAUUGGCGGAGAAGCAUGGGCUCUUAGCUGUGCUGGAGACAUCGGCUAAAGAAGCUCAAAACAUAGAGGAGGUGUUCAUGCUAAUGGCCAAGGAGCUAAUAGCCCGUAAUACCUUACAGCUUCAUGGAGAGAACCCUCCAAACAGCAUCUAUCUAGAUUCCAGGCCAGUGAUUGCCAGUCCAAGUGUGGAGAAGAACCAGUGCCUCUGUUGAAGAGAGAUUUCAGAAAGAACUUGAAAGUCAUCAUUCUUCUGAGGCUGUUGGAUUUCACUUUAGUCAAGUGAUGAGAGCGUGCUAUGUGGCCUUGAGCCAUCUCUCUUGAUAUCUCUACUUUGCAAUUUAGCUGGUAAGCAUCUUCAGAGAUUGUUUCUGUUGGUAGCACAGGCUGCUUUGAACAUGGCAGCUGAUACUUUAACACAAUCUUCUGAGCUGGGAGGACUCAGGGAGCUGUCAGCCCUUGCCUUAACCAAAGAGAACUGUAGAAAUUACUGCCUUCUAUUAUCUCCUUAAGUGAUGCUUCUGGCUGUGUCAGAAGAUAAGUUUGCACCAGAGCUCUGUUUGAUUUGACCCUUUUAAGCUAUGUUGUUUGUUCUAGUGCAAGCACUUUACUUUUUGCUGGUAGCUUUAAAAAGCCUGACGUGCUUGGACAGCGCUAACCCACUGCUGCUUAAACUUUCAUUUAGGGGCAGUUCUGAUGUCAGGCAUGUAACCACCCAUCCCCAGGAACUGAGUUAUAUCUGUGCUGUCACCAGACAAACCUGGAGACAUCCCUGGGGUUUCACAGCAGGCAGAGUGUGUUAGAAGAGGGUCCCAACCCUCUUCCUGGGGUGAGAAGAGCUGGUUUUUGUAUUGCUCUGUAAGUACUGAUUCCAGUAAUUAUCUCUGACCUGCUACAUAGUCUUGCUAGGAGUAGUGAAGCUUCCAAGGCACUGGUAAUGACCUAAAUCAAUGCUGGGGUGAAAGGAAUUCCCCCCCCAUGCACACCCUGUCUUGCUCUUGAUGUGCUGAUUUUAAUCAAAAGCCGCCUGUAGUUUGCAUGGUGGGCCAAUGGCAGCUUGAAAGUAUACCUGUAGAUUUUCAAGGCAGUGUGAAGAAAGGUUUCAAGCUUCUGUAAAACUCAGCAAGAGGUGUAAGAUGGUUUGAUUAUAGAAUCUCACCUCAGAGCAGCAAGGGAAUGGUAUGGGGUAUACCAGAAGGUUACCCCCAGGCAAGUGCGUAGGCUACUGCUAUGGAGACGAAACAUCCUGGUAGCAAUAGAAGGGUUUGUAUUGCUUCUCCCAAAUGCAAGCUCUGCUACUGGAGACUAAUUUCUGUGUACCAGAAGGAAGGGUUUGUGGUUGUAGUUUGGUUGGUUUUUGUUUGGGCUUGUUUUAUUUUUCCCUGAAAAUGGAAACAAAGAAAAGGAGGGAAGAAAUACUAUGCAGAUAUUUUUGACUGCAGUCCACGUGUACCAAAGUGUGCCACUUAGUUACUGUUAAGUUAUGAAGUGGAACUCAAACUCUGUAAUGAUAAAACACAGCCUGGGUUACAGGCAAAGAAGCCCUGGGAAGGCUAGUAUGCUGCUGGAUUACCAGACGGCAGCCUACCCAUGUUUCACAAGUUCUUGAGAAAUAAGGGAAAAACAUGUAGAAAGUAUUUCUGGAAAAUCUUGUCUGAGAAGCACAAAAAAUAAAGCAUAAUGAAUCAUUGA